UAGUGCGGCGGCGACGCUCCCGAGGUUGCCAAGUGGACUUUUAUUGUUUUCCACCCACUUCCAAGUCGAUACUAUCUGCCGUCUCAUGGCCAUCCUAUAGCCUAUAUAAGCGGUGCGCCGGGGCUGGCGGCGAUGGAGUAAGGUGUUGGAUGCGGAGGGAGCAGAGGGCCGAGAGGGGGGCGGCGAGCCGCCGGCAACCAAGACUCCCCGCCGCUGCCCGGGGGCACGCAGCUCGCCUCGGAGCGGACACGCAGUGAAACAGGGAAGCUCCCGUUCCGUUCCGCCGGCGCGCUCAGCCCGCAGGACAGCCGGCGAUGAGCGGACUGAGGUCUCCUGGGCUGCUGGGGCUGGUGCUCUUGGUGCUCUCGGCGGGAUACUGCAAAGAGAAAACCGACGCCGGGGAUCUGAAGGACAGGCAAAGUCUCUUAAAUCUCAUCAUGGAGAUCAUUCAGGAAUUGAAGAGGUACCGCCUGGAGAAGGGCAGUGGGGUGCAGUACUUCUCCAAGCACGACUACAGCUUGGAUCGGAGGGAAGUGGCUGACUACGGAGGAUACCAGGAUGAGCAGAGAGUUGAAAUAGUUCCCAGAGAUCUGAGGAUGAAAGACAAGUUUUUAAAGCAUUUAACAGGUCCACUCUACUUCAGCCCAAAAUGUAGUAAACACUUUCAUCGGCUUUACCACAAUACAAGGGACUGCACCAUCCCAGCCUACUAUAAAAGAUGUGCCAGGCUUCUUACUCGGUUGGCAGUAAGCCCAAUGUGCAUGGAGGGAUAAGGUACUGUUACCAUUAAAAGAAACAUCAAGAAUCAAGAGAAGUGCCUUGGAAACCAACAGGGAAAUAGAACUUAUUACCUUUAUAACAUAUCCCAUUGUGAACAAGAGAUUUAUUUUUGCAAAUUGACUGACUACUUCCCAUAAUUCUUUUAACAAGUAUUUUGUAUGUUGUCAAGUUUGCAGAUUGACAUUCUCUUUACAGUAGCAUAACUGCCAGUAAUACAUAAUGUUCCAUACUUAAAAACACACCACAACUGAUGUGUAAUGCUGCCAAAAAUUACAUAAACACAAAUAUUUCACCAAGAAAAUUGAUGUUCUAUUGCUUAAUUCUACAGUUUUAAGGAAUGUUUGUUAGUAUAUUUAGAACUACUAAAGAUCUGCUCCACAGUAGUUGUGGUCACUUGAUAUCCUUCAUGCUUAUGCAAAUUUUUUAAAGUUUGGUUAAAACAAACUUGCAUUGGGGUCACAUUGUACCCUGGGAGUACUAAUUGCAUGACAACCAGAAAUGUAAUUCCAAGUAGAAAUAUUUUUGGGGACAGUGGAGCAUGGAUUUUGUACACAGACACAAGCUGCCAUUAAUUUACUUUAUAUAAUAAAUGUAUAAAACAUUCCAGCUAAUGUGCAAUAUGUAAAUAAUGUAAAUAACAUGCAUAAGUAAUAAAGUGUUUGGUAUUAAGUUGUCCUCCAUUUGCUUUCUGUGCACUGAAUCUAACAAUCAGAUGCUAUUUUCUGGUAGCUACUGUCAUUUAUCCACACAUAAGUCUCUUUCCAAUGACAAUUUGCUUCAUUAAGAAAGAAAGGUACACCCACCUUGGUGAAGUUCAGUACUUUGGACUGUGGACUUCUGAGGACUGCCAGAUCUUUGCAUUAAAAUCUCACGAAAUGCUCAGACCACAAGGCUGCUCCAAUUUCAUACAGAAUUCUGAGUUUCUUUUUCAUGACAAAUGGUUGUUUCAAACAAAAUCCCUGCACAGUGCUUGACAGAUAGACGUGUGCUGUAGGACUGUCUAUUCACAUAAUACCCAUGAUAGGGAUUUUAAAUUAGUAUGAUUAUUUUGGUUUGCAGUAGGACUGAAAUAUCAUUAAAUCAGAAUUUUCUAGAAAAAAAAAGCACCGUAGAAGGAAAAUAGUAAUUUAUUUAGUGGCUUGAUAAAUUAAUUGUUAAAUUAAAUUCUGUGGAAGUUUUUUUUCUAGAUUUAGCAGAAAUCAUCACUUAACACAAGAUAAAAACCGUAGGAUAGCAGAUUUUGUUUAUUUAGUCUUGGGUGCAGGUUUAUUACGUAAGCUGAAACAGUCCAGGGGUUGAAGGAGUCAGUUCUACAUUUUUUUCACUCAGUAUUAAAAUAUAACAUAAAAAAAGUAAAUAUGCACAGUGUUCAAUACACAAAUUGUCUAUCAUAUGUUCACUGUUUCUUUUGGAAGCCUAAUAAUGGUACUGUGCGGAUGUCCUUCCAGAAGCCAAUUCCUAUUCUAUGUUCUCACAUUCUACAAAUGCCUUUACCAUACUAUUUUGCUCUCCUCCUCUUUCUCCAAAAGAAACCAAGGAAGGACUAAAUAAAUUAACAAAUGAGCAUAAAUUAACAAAUGACCUCCUAGCAUAACUGAUGAAUUCUGUAGCCAACAGUGUACUGGCUGAAAACAUAACUUAGGUCAAACCGCAAACUUUUAUCUGAACUAAAUUUAACACAAAUAGUUUUGAUUUCUUAUCAUGUUAAAGAAAAGUUCCUAAGCCUAGCAAAGAUAAACAACCAUAUCUUCCCAUCUCCUUUCUGUCACUCCAGCAGACCAAAGAUACAGAGUUAAGACUUCUAAAUCUGAACUUCAAUGUGUAGGAAACUAUAGGUUCUAUUUCUACUCAGCCACAAAUGGGAAAGCAGAACCCAUUGGGCUCUUAAUUGUCUGAGGUCUAUUACUGUCACCGGCAUAUUUUAAAUGGUCUUUUUGGCAGAAAAUAACAAUGGUUAUGCCUAAAUACUUCCACUUCUGAGGCUGCUGCAUAAAAAAUUCAUUUCGAUGUUUUGUCCCUAACUGCCCAUCAUUUCCCCAUAUUCAAGUACUCAUCAAAUAAAUGGAAAAUCAUAUUUUUCAGAGUCUAUGUUUGACCUAUCCUGAAAUACUGUUUAUAUUAUUAUUUGUCCCUGAAGUGAAACAGCUAUUAAUAUGCAAAGUCCUAGCAAGUUCGUCAAAAAAUCAAAAUCAUUGGUAAUCCAGUAAUACACACAAAUCCUAGUUUCUGUAUCCAAGUGUUCCAUCUACCACUUCCCUUACUGUAAACAGGUUCUUAAGUUUUAUACCCAACUGAAAUUUUAACAAAAAUCAGAGAUCUCAUUAACACAUUUUCUUGCUGCUUUACAGCAAAAAAAUCCCAGAAAAGUCCCCAAGCAGAUAGGCAGUGACAGGACAAGGGGCAACAGCUUUAAUCUAGAAGUGAGGACAUGUAGACUGGAUGUUAGGAAAUUUUUUACUCAAGGUGGUGAGACAAUGGCACAGGCUGCCCAGAGAAGCUGUGGAUGCCCUA